GGAAAAUAUCUCCGGGAUUCUCACGCAAGAGGAGCCUCAUGGCUUAAAAGCAAAAGGCGAUCCGGUGUGAAAGUGGUUUAUGGGAUUAAAACGGGUUGGGGAGGGUGCUGGGAGUGGAGGGGGCAGGACUCCUGGGUCCUGGGAAGGGGCAUGGGUGCUGGUGAUUUAGGGAAGGGUCUUGAUUUUGGGGUGAUGUUACAGGAAACGAAGAGGCUGUGUCAGCCAGCGGAGGGAGAGUACAUCGUCCCAAUCUUUACUAGCAGCCUACUCUUCAUCUGGUAUAUUAUUAUUAAUUACUUAAAUUUGUAUACCGCCCUUUAUCCGAAGAUCAGACGUAAGAUCCGUUGGUCAUAAUAAUCGCUGUUGUCUGAAACUUGAAGCUUAUGGCUUAGUUAAGUGUGUGUGUCGUUUCAGACUUGCGAUGCAAUAUGCAUGUAUUUGCUUCCCUUUGCAUAAAACAGUUUAUUCCAGAGAGGUGCCCCCAAUCAAUCCACUGCAAGCACCCCAAGCAUACCCCCACCCUGCCACCCAUUUUAUUCUUAUUUAUGUCCCUGGACCAGUCAUGAUUUAUUCAGGAUGCUUACAGCCCAUUGUAUUGCAGCUGUGCUUCUGUUCAGGGAGAGAGAAGAGAUUGGCCAACAUAUCUUUUGGGUUCUGGGAGCAGAGAGAUUAUGCUGCUUUGCUUUAAGCAGCAUAAGAGAACCCUUAUAAACAAUAAAACUAUUUACAUCAAUUACAAACCUAUUAAAUAGUGGAGAGAGCAGAUUAAAGCCAACCCACUUGUUUUUAAAACGGGUGAUCUGUAAAGUAACCUGCCUCUGCCAUUUUAGGUACAUUUCAGUGCUUAGUAUAAGAACCUCCGACAACCAAUUGCCUUUACCCCAAAGGCUGCUGGCAAAACCUUUCAAAGGAGAGGAUCCCACCACCGUCCAAAAAUAUCUUGAAGUCAAGUGAAUGUCAUUGUAUUUUUGUGGUUGUUCCUUUCCCAUCUUCUCAGGGAAGCACAGGUACAGGCCGAGGCAUGAUCCGAAUCCACAUCUUGGAGGGAAAGGCUUUUGUGUGGAAUGCUGCUGAUGCACGGAGAUUGCGGGAGGAGCAUCGUAUUGUCGGCACACUGGUUGGAGCGUUAGCUCGGAAGCCGCGGCAGAAUGUGCGGCUGGGGCUGCCCCUGCAGCUGCUCCCGGAAGAGGUCCGGCUACUGGCAGAAAAGGGGUUGGCAGCCUUGUUCAAAAACGCAGCGUCCCAACCUCUUCGAGAUGAUAAAAGCCAGGUGAUGGUUCAACCAAUCAUUGCUCGUUCUCUAAAAAAAAACAAAAAACCCACACAACCCCACCCCACCCUCCAAAACCUGGAGCAAAAGUGAAGGAUGCUCUGCUUAAUUGCUGCAAAUUGUGCAGUGUAGAUCAUGGGCCACCAACCUUUUUGAACCCCAGGGCACAUUUGCAAACCAGAGGCACUGUUGUGGGACCCAAACACACGCUGCAACCAAGCGCACGCUGCAGCUUAUUAUAUUGGCUAAAACAGAAUACUUCUUUCAGGCCUAAUUUCAUUGGAGUGGCAUGAGGACCCAGUGGGCACCAGGGAAGGUCUCUGUGGACAUGUAUGUGCCUGUGGGUGAUUUAAAUGCAUGGUGUGGAUGUGGUCAGAGAAUGGGCAGCGCUGAACUUGCUUCUCUGUGUCUGCAGGAUCCUUCAGCCCUUGAAGAGGUGGCCGCCUACCAAAAUGAGCAAGAGGAGAGCUAUCAGGAGCAGGUUCGGCUGGCGGCUGAACAGAGGAAAGCCGUGCUGGGUACUCUUGCGGAACGUAUAGCCCAGGGCCGGGCAAAGAAACGGCGGCAGGAAGAGGGAGGUGAGCGUCAACGUUUGCUAUGUGGCAACUAUUUUGCUUUAUUUGGAAGUGCCCCAGGAAGCUGCAGGAGGUAAGUUAAAGGACUCCUGGAAGGUUAAGUCCAGUCAAAGGCGACUGUGGGGUUGUGGUGUUCAUCUCGCUUUCAGGCCGAGAUAGCCGCUGUUUGUCCACAGACUGCUUUCCGGUUUAUGUGGCCAGCAUGACUUAACAGCUUCUGGCGCAAUGGGACACUGCGACGAGUGCCAGAGCACAUGGAAACACUGUUUACCUUCCCACCGUAGUGGUACCUAUUUAUCUACUCGCGCUGGUGUGCUUUCGAAGUGCUAGGUUGGCAGGAGCUGGGACAGAGCAACGGGAGCUUACUCCGUCGCAGGGAUUCGAACUGCUGGCGUUCUAGUCGGCAAGCCCAAGAGGCUCAGUGGUUUAGACCAUAGCGCCACCCGCGUCCCUUGCAGGAGGACUAAACUAUGAUUGGUAUAGGUUAGGGGUGGGGAAACAGUGGCCUUUCGGAUGUUCCUGGACUCCACUCCCAUCAUCCCUGACUAUUGGCAGUGCUGGCUGGGUCUGAUGGGAGUGGUAGUCCCAGAACCUAUGGAGGACAGAGAAAAAUGUUUUCUCCUCAGUUGUGGCACCAGCACUCAGGGCACAAUAACAACAGAUUUUUGGAUGACUUUAGAAGAGGAUUAGACAAAUUCAUGGAGAGUAAGACUGCCUGUGGCUACUAGUCAUAGAAUUGUGGAGUGUGAAGACACCCCAAGGGGGGUGUUAUUGGGUUGUUGUUUUUAUUUUGAUUAUAUAUUGUGAUUUUAUAUUUUGAUUUUGCUCUGUGAACUGCCCUGAGACCUCCGGGUAUAGGGUGGUAUAUAAAUUAAAAAUAAAAAUAAAUAGUCCAACCUGCUGCAAUGCAGGAAUCUUUUUGCUCAACGUGGGGCUCGAACCCACAACCCUGAUAUUAAGAGUCUCAUGCUCUACCAACUGAGCUACUGUAGUCAUGAGAGCUAUCCUCCGCCUCCACAGUUGGAGGCAACAAUGCUUCUAAAUGCCAGUUGCUGGAAACUGCAGGAGGGGAGAGGGCUCUUGUGCUUGGGUCCUGUUUAUGGGCUUCCUGGCUGGCUGCUGUGAGAACAGGAUGCUGGGCUAGUUAGGCCUUCAGCCUGAUCCAGCAGGGCUGUUUUCAAGAUGCAGCAAGGGAAAGCCAACCUGCUUGCUUUUUUGGAGCACCAGCAAAGAAAACCAUAAUAGCCAGCUUUCCCCAAACAUCUCUGUAAAAGAAGAGCCUAUUGCAUCAGGCCAGUAGCUCCUCUAGUCCAGCAUUUUGCUCUCAGUGGCUAACUAGAUGUCUAACCACAUCUUAGCUGAAUAAGGAAAUACUUAAAGGAAGGACCUAGGUGGAUUUCUCUUGGGCAGAGCUGUGCUUAAUCUUGGCACCACAACCAAGAAGGUCCUGCCCUGGUACCUAUCAUAGCUCAGGCUGUUGGUGGUAAUGACUAGACAAGGACCACAGCCACAGGAGGAAAUACAUGGAAGAAGGUCGUCCUUAAGGUAGCCCAGUUACAAGCCACUCUGUAUUAUAUUUCCAGUUCCUCCUGCAGAACCAGAAUCUACCUUUGUGCUUCCUCGACAAUCUAUGAUGGUCCAGCUCCCAACAGAACGAGUACAUCCAGGCCCAGAAGAAGAGGUGGACUGGCAUGUCCAAUCCCAAGACUGGCCUUAUACUGGACAGGAGGACCAUGAGAUACGUUACCGCAUUUUCCAGAAUCUUUGGGAACGAGGCUACUACGUCACCAGUGGGAGCAAAUUUGGGGGCGACUUCCUUGUUUAUCCAGGUAGUGGCAGGCUUGUGGAUCUUGGGGAAUCCAAGCCGGGGGUGGGGUGGGGUGACAAAUGCUAUGGUUUUCAGAGUCUGCCCCUCUGAGCAGAGAGUGUGAUAUCAAAACUCCCCUGCGUCACAAAGGCAAAUACGAAUAAUAAAAAGCUGAGCAAUCUUAUCCUGCGUUUUUGCCUCUUAGCCCAGGAGUGAAUGGAAUAUUUGCUGAAAGGCCUAGCCGGCCCUCUGUUGGAAGGGUGAGAGGUAUUUAAAGAGGCAGGCAGGAUUCCUGGCCCCAUCUUGAAUAAAUAAAUGCCUCCCUCUGUCCUUGCACACGGGGAUUCAGAGUCCUCGUCUGCUUUGCGGUGAAUAGCAGCCUUCCUUUUUUAUAGUGAAUACAGGUCUGCUGAAAAUGGGGAAGGCAGGAGUACUCUAAUGGUUUCAGGAGUAAUGUCUACAGAAUAAAAUACUGUGUUUCCUUGGUUUGCUGUGCGUCGCCCUGAAAUCUUGGGAUGAAGGGAAGUGCAGAAAUUAAAUAACGUGUAUGUAGAUAGAACUCUGAAGUGGGACUAUACAACAGAUUGUGGCAGGGUUGAAUGCCUCUGUGCAAGGUUCUUGCCAUGUUAUUCCAUUUGCCUUCCAGGCAGGAAAUUCUGUUUGAAACUAGAGAGCCACUGCCAGACAGCAUAGUCUUCUGAAAUUGAGUAUUUAAAGUAGGAAGAGUUGCAAAGCUAUACGUUUAACACGUAGGUGACAUCAUGAUGAUGUCAUCACGUGAUAGGUGGAUUUGAUGCCUGAAAGAUUUGACCCACAGCCGAAAAGUUCCCCAACCCUGGUAUUGACAGUGGUCUGAUGGUAUAAGGGACUUUGCCCGCCUGCCACAAACUUACAAAAUCCCACGCACUUAGCCCCCCUGCUGCUCCCAGGGUUCUUGCUGGGCAGGCAGUGGUUGCUGCUAAGCUUAGGAAAAAAGACUUGCCCUUUCCUUGACUCGAAGACAUUUUUUGCUACGGCAAAAUUCAAAAUGGCUUCGUUCUAGAAUGAAGACCGAUUGUUAAGGAGGGAGGAAGCCAACGGGCUAUUUCCCUCUUCUAACCCCGCCUUUCUCCCUCCCUCCUACAGGUGACCCCAUGCGUUUCCAUGCCCAUUACAUUGCCCUGUGUGUCUCUAAAGACACCCCUCUCUCCCUGUGUGAUGUUGUCAGCGCAGGACGCCUCGGUACCAACGUGAAGAAGACGGUGCUGCUGUGUUCGGUGGACCAGGAUGGGACUGCAGUCUUUACGUCCUUGCAGUGGAGUGGGAUGCAGUGAGAACAGGAUGCCAGUGGUGAUUUAGGGUUGCCUUUCAGACAGUGUUGUGGGGCUGGGCUUAAGCUAUUAUAGCACAGUCUACUCCAGCUGUUCUCUUACUUCGUUUACAGUUAACCCUCCACAUUACAAUUGUGCAAAUGACUGUCGGUGUGUGAAGUCUCCCAGCAGACAUCUCCGUGUGCAAAUGUCUCAUGGAGGGCAGCUCUGUGUACAUAAAUAAGCUGGCCAAGGAGAAAUACUUGGACUGACUUUGGCAGCGUUUCUGCAGUAGUGUAAUUUGUCUUUUUCCAGCUGCCCGGAGACAAGGGUUGCACUUGCUCAGAAAUAAAAGAGGUUCGAGCCUUAUCAGGGGAAACCUUUUGCAGCCCAAAGGCCACAUUCCUCCAUAGGCAACCUUUGUGUGGGGUGAGCAGCCUGUGGUGAAUUGGUGGGGCCAGAGCAACAGCUGUGAGUCUUUCCUUUAUUUGUUGAAAGCUACUCUCUGCUUGCAGCUACAAACCCCUCUUCCCACGCACAUGAGCAAGAGGCAUCGCAGUUCAAGAACACAUCAGCUACACAAGGAAGGUGUGGAGUAAAAGUGAUGGGAUCUGACCUAGGGAAAGGGGUAUGUGACCUAGGCAGAUUUCCUAAGGCCAGAUAAGAAAGCAGGGACACCCUCCCCUCUGGAAUGAGAGGCUGAGGGAGGCACAGGCCUAUUUGUUUCUUGCAUUUACAGUGGUGCCCCGCAAGACGAAAAACUCGCUAGAUGAAAGAGUUUUCCGUUUUUUGAGUCGUUCCGCAAGACGAAUUUCCCUAUGGGCUUGCUUCGCAAGACGAAACGUCUUGCGAGUUUGUUUCCUUUUUCUUAAAGCCGCUAAGCCGUUAAUAGCCGCUAAGCCGUUAAUAGCCGUGCUUCGCAAGACGAAAAAACCGCAAGACGAAGAGACUCGCGGAACGGAUUAAUUUCGUCUUGCGAGGCACCA